AAAAUAAAAGUUACUGCGCUGUAGUUAUAUAUGACCGAAGUAGCAGUAAUCACGGUAGAUCAGGUUUUACAGUGAUUCCAAGUUUAGAGAGAGAGAGAGAGAGAGAGAGAAUGUCUCACAGUCACGGGAACACUCCAUCGGCGAACGAUCCACGUCAGCCAUCGGCGGCGAAACCUUACACUCCGCGGCCUAUUGCGCCUGAGGAUCUCCCCGUUGACUACUCCGGAUUCAUCGCCGUUAUCCUCGGCGUCUCUGGCGUUAUGUUCAGGUACAAGAUAUGCUCGUGGCUUGCGCUUAUAUUCUGUGCUCAGUCGCUGGCCAAUAUGAGGAACUUGGAGACUGAUUUGAAGCAGAUCUCCAUGGCUAUGAUGUUUGCUAUAAUGGGAUUGGUCACAAACUACUUGGGACCUAAUAGACCCGCGACAAAGAAAUGAUUCUCUCAACUGCUCUGCUUUCUUUUUAUAUUACAUCUUUUUUUAUAAAACCUUGUUUGGUUCCUUGUUUCAGUACCUUUUAAGUUAUAAAUUGCGACAUGGUGAGAUUGAAGCCUAGCGUUUUGUUUUGGUGAAAACUUGUGUUCGAUUCUCAUUGUUCUUUACGUGUUUUGUGUAACGAACUAUAGACCAGAGCACAUGUUUUAAGGUUCUCAUUUCAGACAUAGAGAGAAUUUGAAUUCCAACUUUAUGUUUUAUAUCCAUUAUUUAUGAUAUGAAAAGUUUGAAUGAGGA